CUAUCACCGCCUUUCUUCUUCUUCCUCCCCCCUCUCUAACCGCCUAUAUAUACUUCCCUUCCUCCCCUUUCCAUCCCCAUCUCGAAACCCUUCUUCGUUCUCUCUCAUCGUAAACAGAUUCAGUCCAUCUCUAUCUCCCUCUUGAAUCGGACUCUGUCUAGCUCGAAUUCCUUGAAAUCGUGAAAGAAUGGCUUCUUCCAGGGCGGUUUUGGCUUUGAUUUGUGUUCUCUUCGUCGGAUCUGCUUUUGCUCAGGCUCCGGGAGCCGCGCCGACCAGAUCUCCGACUCCAGUCGCGUCGCCGACGAGAUCUCCGUCUCCAGUCGUGUCGCCGCCGCGGAAGGUGGUCCCGGCUCCGGUUUCUUCCCCAGUUGCGUCUCCGACUUUGGCUCCAACCGCUGAAUCUCCUGCUGCUGCUUCCCCGGUGAGUUCUCCGCCUGCUCCUGCCAUCGCAGCGGCUCCCGCCGGAUCUCCGGCAUCCGGCGUCGCUCCGUCCGUUGCGCAGACUCCCGGCGAUGCUCCGGCCUCCACUCCGAACGGCGCCGUUCUGAACGGAGCCGCACUUAUCGGAUCUGCAGGUGCGGUGUUCUUCGCCGCCUCUCUGCUGUUCUAGAUCUGACGCUGAUAUUUAUCGAUUUUAAUUUUAUUUAAAAUACGUCGCGCGCUUGAUUAUUUUAGGGAUCUCUAUACAUAUUUCAGACAUUCAAUUUUUUAAUUUGUUUCAUCUUCGAGUAUUUAUCAGUUAGUGUGGAGAGUAAUAGCCAUUAGAGACCUGCUUGUAUUCGCAUUCCG